AUGUCGGACGAGGAAUGGAGCGACGCCUCCGGGGAGCUCCACAGCGAUGUGUCCGACUCGGAGGACGCCUCGAUGUACGCGGACGACGACGAGAACGAGGUCGUCCUGACCCAAACGAAGCAGGAACCAUUCGAGGUCUGGGACGUGGAGGAGGUCGCGAAGCGGCUCGAGAGCAUUCUCCGCCAGGUCUCCGACAUCACGACUCUCGGGCGGAGCGACGCCGCGCGACUUCUGCGCAAGUUCGAGUGGAACACUGAGCGAGGCCAGGAAGAGUGGUUCUCGCGGCAGGCCGAGCUGCAGGAGGAGCUGGGAAUCGCGCGCGAGCCCGUGCCUGCGCCGCCAGACCAGAAGGAGGCGACGUGCGGGAUCUGCUGGACAGAUAAGCCCGCGUCAGAGAUGACCAGCGGGCCGUGCGGGCACCCGUUCUGCGCGGAUUGCUGGCGGCACCACCUCGCGGCGCAGCUCGAGAUGAAGGACGCGAAGAACGCGCUCCUGAGCAUGCGGUGCAUGCAGCCAGGCUGCGGCUGCGCCAUCUCCCUCGAGACGUACCGCCACGUCGUCGACGACGCGUUCGCCGAGAAGUACCGCAGGCACGAGCUGGAGGACUUCGUGGAGGCGUCGCGGGCCGUGCGGCACUGUCCCGCCGCCGACUGCGCCGCGUGCGUGCACACGCUGCGCCCGUCGCAGGCCGCACAGGAGGUGACGUGUUCGUGCGGCACGCGGUUCUGUUUCGACUGCAGCGAGGAGCCGCACCGCCCCUCGUCGUGCCACAUGGUGCAGAAGUGGCUCGCGAAGAGCAGCGCCGAGGCAGCCAACAUGCAGUGGAUCCUGGCGAACACGAAGCCGUGCCCGAAGUGCCAGAGGCCGAUCGAGAAGAACGCGGGGUGCAUGCACAUGAACUGCUCACAGUGUCGGUACGAGUUCUGCUGGCUGUGUCUCCAGGACUGGAGCAAGCACGGCGAGGGCACGGGGGGGUUUUACAACUGCAACAUGUAUGAGGAGCGGCGGCGUCAGGGGGAGUUCUCGAAGGAGGAGCGGAUGAAGAAGGGGGCGCAGCGGGCGCUGGACCGCUGGGUGCACUACUUCGAGCGGUACGACUUCCACACGCGGGGGAGCCGGUCGUGGCAGGAGGAGCUGGCGAAGCGGAGCAUGCGGAAGAUCUCGGAGAACACGGCGACCCCGGAGUCGCAGCUCAAGUUCAAAGCCGAGGUGGGCGCGAUGCUGGCCGAGUGCAAGCGCGUGCUGAAGUGGACGUACUGCUACGGGUACUGGACGUGGGGCGUGCAGGACCCCGAGGAGGGCGCGGUGCCCGAGGCGCUCCAGCAGCGGCGCGCGUUCUUCGAGUUCAACCAGGGGUUCGCGGAGCUCCUGUGCGAGAAGCUGUACCAGACGCUCAAGGACGGGCUCGAGCGGUUCGAGGGGCAGACGGCGGCGCGGGCGCGGCGGGAGCACCCGGACCUGUCGGACCGGGAGAUCCAGGGGAAGAUCGCGGAGGAGUGGAGCGCGUGGCGCGCGGACCUCAUGUCGCGCUGCCAGGUGACGGAGAAGAGCUUCCACAACCUCAUCACGGAGCUCGAGCGCGGGUUCGACCGGGCCGCGGAGGACUACGGCGGCGCGGGGCCGUCCGGGGCCGCGGAGGGCGCGGCGGGGGCGGCCGGCGGGGCGGGGGCGGCCAGCGCGGUGGACCCGGAGGUGUCGCGGUCCGUGGAGGCGGCCACCGGGAUCUGGGCCUGCACGGUGUGCACCUUCAUGAACGAGCCGGACGUGCAGACGUGCGGCGCGUGCAACACCGCGCGCCCGCGGUGA